UUUCAUACUCCCUGGACUCAUUUCCAAAAAAGCAUUUCCUCCUUCUGCGGUUGGGUGUAAAAGCCUCUCAGGGGAGGGCUGGCGCUCACUCACCACUCGUCGCGUGCUGCUGACGGCAGCCAUGGGGUGCAGGGGCACCUUGCCCGGGCACUGACUGCCCCGACACCUCCCCUGCACCCCCUGCUCCUGCUGUCCGCUUCCCUCACCGCCCCGGCAUGACCCAGCCGCAUCGGCCACAAGGAUGAAGUGUUGCUGCCCUGGGGUGGCUUGGGUGACCUUGGCAACUCUGUGGCUGGCAGCCAGUGAAUUGCAGCCCCCAGGGUGGCAGGACCGCACCGUGCUGCGAAGGCAGCGGGUCCUGGUGCAGCCACUCCUCCGCCUGCGGAGACAUCCUGACAGACACCAGUGCCCUGACGGCAUGAACUGGGUCGAGACUGCUCGCCAGUGCUGCCCUCAGUGUCCCGCAGGUGAGCGCUGCCCAGUCCGUGUGGCACAGCACAGCACACCGUGGCACAGCAGGUGCAUUGCUCCAGGUGGCCGUGCUCCCUUUCUCCCCACUGUCCAUGCAGGGACAUUCCUGAAAGAGCCCUGCACAAACCCUGAGAAUCGCAGUGUAUGUGACGCCUGUCCUGCCGGCACCUUCCGCACCCAGCCCAACACCUUCAGCAAGUGCCAGGCUUGCUACGAGUGUGACCAACAAGCUUUCCAGAGUGUGCUGAGCAACUGCUCGGCCACCAGCAACAUCGCCUGUGGCUGUGAGCCUGGCCGAUUCCGUGUCUGCGUUGACCCGCAGUGCAGCGAAUUCUCUUGCCAGAAGUGCCAGUCCUGCACCGGACGCCUCAUCCAGCGACCCUGCUCAGAGGAGCAGGAUGCACUUUGUGACAGCAGCUGCAAGCCUGACUUCUACAGAGAGGGUGAUGAAUGCCGGCCAUGUCACAUGAGCACUGUAGACACGUGUGGCAAAGAGUGCCAGCAAGCGUGUGGCAGCAACAACAACCAAGGCUCAGGUCUGGAGUACAUCCUGCUGGGACUCACCGGGCCUCUCUUCCUGGGUGCCCUGGCCAUCUACCACAAGAGGAAGAGGCUCCGGCAUGAUGCCCUGCCAGGUGGUCUCCCCCCCAUGGCACAGACUGCCACCUCAAUGGCCGGGGCUGCAGCCACACCAUGGUGCCAGUUCAAUGCCUGGAGGUGGGACAAACCGUGCUGCACCCAGCCACACUCCCCACAGGGGACAGAGCGUGCCACUGGCACAGCAAAGAAGAGCUCCAAAAAGGAGGCCUUGCUGUGUGAGCCACCCAGUGACGAAGGAAAGCCCUCUGCACCCCCGGAGCCCCGUGGCGCCUUGCUGCAGGGCAGCCAGCUCUACGCCGUCAUCGAUGUGGUGCCAGUACGGCGCUGGAAGGAAUUCAUGAGGAUGCUGGAGCUGCGGGAGGCAGAGAUUGAGCUGGUAGAGCUGGAGGUGGUCCACAUCCGUGACCAGCAGUACGAGAUGCUGAAGCGCUGGUGCCAGCAGACCAGUGCCACGCUGGACCGUGUCUUUGCCGCCCUGGAGCGCAUGGAGCUGGCUGGCUGUGCUGAGGCACUGCGCCAGAGUCUGCCCGUGGGACCCUGAUCCCCAGCGUCAGCACCCUGGCACAGGGAGGUACCGACACCUCCACAUCUCACUGGGCACCCAGCCAUACCCCUAAGUAUUGUUACUUAUGCCGUGUAGACAUUUUAUGUCAGUUUUAUGUCCCCUUCCCACCUGCCUGUUCCCUCUAUUUAUGUCCUCCUGCUCCCAGGGCCGGGUAGGACCCCAUGCCCCAGCACAUUGGCUGCCCAGCCACUCGCGGGACGAGCAGGCACCGAGCCCACCUCGAACCCAUGGGAUAGUUCUCAAGGCUGCCCCUGCCGGGCGCUCCUUCCCCCUCCCCAAUAAAGUGGUGUGUUCUCCAUCAGCCA